ACUUCACUGGAUGCACACACACACACACACACUGGAGAGCUCGAUGCUGGAUCACACUGUGGACUUAAAAUGAAUAUUCUGCAGGUACUGCUCGCUGUUCUGUGUUUCAGCAUCGAUAAAGCUCAAGGUUUUAAUGUGGGGACUUCUGGAGCUAAGAUCUUCUCACAGUUGGCAACAGAACAGUUUGGUUACUCUGUUCAACAGUUUAGCAACAGUCAAGGAAAAUGGCUCCUCGUGGGUUCCCCAUGGAAAGGAUACCCUCAGAAUCGGAAGGGAGAUAUCUAUAAGUGUGAGAUUAACAGUCCUGGAGCCAGCUGUCAGUCCCUUAACCUUCAAAAUGCUGUCAAUGUGACAAGCAUAUCCAACAGCAACAACAUCAACAUGAGUCUUGGUCUCACUCUGACUCCAACCACCAAAAACGGCGGGUUUAUGACGUGUGGUCCUCUGUGGGCUCAACUCUGUGGAAGUCUGUACUUUUACCCUGGAGUCUGCGCUGAAGUGAGCCCACAGUUUACGCUCCAGUCAUCCUUCUCUCCUGCUGCUCAAACUUGUAGCAAUCAAAUGGACAUUGCCCUAGUUUUGGACGGAUCCAACAGUAUAUACCCAUGGGAACCAAUUGUUAACUUCCUCGUGAAAAUGUUGGAAAACUUAGAUAUUGGACCUCAAAGCACUCAGGUGACUGUGAUGCAGUACGCUGUUGACACCUCCUUCGAGUUCUACCUGAAUUCCUAUCGGACAAAAGAGUCCAUGAUUAAAGCAGCUUCAAAUAUUCAACAGAAACAAGGAUUAGAGACUAAUACUUUCAAAGCCAUUGAUUUUGCAAGACAGAAUGCAUUCCUAACCAAAAAUGGAGGUCGUCCUGGGGCCACUAAAGUGAUGGUGGUGGUAACUGAUGGAGAGUCACAUGAUGGAAAUCUGAGGAACACAGUCAUCCCGGCCUGCGAGAGACAAAGUAUCACUCGCUUUGGUAUUGCGGUGCUUGGAUAUUACAUAAGGAAUGACAUUGACACAAGCAAACUCAUCGCUGAGAUUAAGUCAAUAGCCAGCAGUCCAACCGAAAAAUACUUUUUUAAUGUGUCUGAGGAGGCGGCGCUCAUAGAGAUCGUCGGGACUCUUGGAGAUCGAAUCUUCAACAUUGAAGGUGUUGGAAAGGGUACUGGGGAUAAUUUCAAAAUGGAAAUGUCCCAAGUCGGUUUCAGCGCACACCAGACCAGAAAUAAGGAUCUGAUCUUACUGGGAGCAGCUGGAGCAUAUAAUUGGAUCGGGACCGUUGUGCACCAAACUGCUCAGAAAUCUGAUGUUUUGCCCAAAGCUGCUUUUGAGAAUGUCUUGGAUGACAGAAACCACAGUUCAUUACUUGGAUACUCUGUGGCGUCUGUAUUUGACGGCUCGUCUGAGUUUUAUGUGGCCGGUGCUCCUCGUGCCGUUCACAGAGGACAGGUUGUAGUUUACAGUAUGAACAGCCAGAAUCAGCCGGUCAUCAAAGAUUCACAGAGAGGAGAUCAGAUCGGCUCUUAUUUCGGCAGCGUUCUCUGUCCUGUCGAUGUGGACGCUGACGGUGUUACGGAUCUGCUGCUGGUCGGAGCGCCGAUGUACAUGAGCGAGGAGAAAUCUGAAACAGGAAGAGUCUACCUCUACACCAUUACCACGGGCAUCUUGAGUAACCAGGGUUUCUUGGAGGGUUCUCAAAAGAAUGCUCGGUUUGGGACGGCCAUCAUUGCUGUCCCCGAUCUAAACCUGGACGGGUUCAGAGACAUUGUGGUUGGUGCUCCGCUGGAAGGCAAUGGCCAAGGUGCCAUUUACAUCUACUAUGGAGACAGAAAAACCAUCAGAAAGCAGAGCUCACAGAAAAUUGUCGGAGCGAAACUGGACCCAGCGUUGAAGUUCUUCGGCCGCUCUCUGGACGGCAGAGUAGAUAUGAACGGAGACUCCGUCCCAGAUGUGGCAGUGGGGGCUUUUGGGAAAGUGGUCCAACUCUGGAGUAGAGGAGUAGCAGUGGUCACGGCCAAGGUUUCCUUCUCCCCUGACAAGAUCAGUAUCCUGAGUAAACCGUGCCGUUAUAGCGGGAGACAGGUGUCCUGCUUCAAGGCUAAAGUGUGUUUUAGUGCAACAUUUAAACCAGUGACUCCGCUUGGGACAGUGGUUAUCAAGUACAACUUGACCGUGGAUGCCGACCUACAGUCGUCUCGGGUCAGCCCUAGAGGACACUUCAGCAACUUAGAUCGAGUCGUCCAGAAAGACAUCAGCGUCCCUGCACAGGACGUAUGUGAAGAGCAUGACGUCUAUGUCCAGGAGACCCCUGACCUCGUCAACUCGAUUUCUUUGCGUGUGGAUGUGGUCCUCAGCCAUCCAGACGCCAACCCUGUACUGGACAUCUUCAGUCCUUCUGCGUGGGAAUCUUUUAUCCCGUUCUCAAAGGACUGUGGUGAAGAUGAGGUUUGCAUCAGUGACUUGGUACUGACUGUGCAGAGCGAAGAGACACUUGGCAAAACCUCACUGGUGGUCAGCCAGAACAAGAGAAGACUCUCCUUCACUGUGACCGUGACGAACAGGAAGGAAAAUGCGUACAACGCACGAGUGUCGGCCAGCUACUCCAGUAACCUGUUCUAUGCUUCUGUUACACCACAGACUGAGGGAGCAGAGGUGAAGUGCACUCUGAUGAAAGAAUCAGACACACUUAUCUGUCAAGUGAGUUAUCCAGCGCUGAGGACGGACCAAUCGGUCACAUUUGUGGUCAACUUUGACUUUAACUUGAAUCGGUUUCAAAAAGAUGCCAUUGUUGUCUUUGAGGCUUUAAGUGACAGCACAGAGGAAACUCCUGCUGAUAAUAAGAUCUCGGUCUCCAUUCCUGUCCAAUACAACUCUGAGAUCAUCCUCAGCAGAGAAUCAACCAUCGAUGUUUACCUGCUUGAAAAAGAGAACAGUUUCACAACCACAGUGAGGAAUUUCAAGGACAUCGGCCCAGACUUUAACUUUAAUUUAAAGGUUUCUACAGGAAGUGUCCCGGUCAGCCUGGUUUACCUCACUGUCUCGCUGCCCAACAGCACUAGAGCAGGAAAUCCUCUCAUCUACGUAACCAGCAUUAAAACAUCACCUGCUGAACAAAUCCAUUGUGCAGACAGUCUACUGAUCGACCCGUUUAAGAUCAGGGAAAAACCUUAUACAGUCCGAUUCAAAGAGGAGAGUUUCAGAGGAACAGAUGAACUGGACUGUCAAACGGCCACAUGCCGCUCAGUGAAGUGCGUCCUGAAGGGCCUACAGGAGAAGAGUGAUUAUUAUGUGAAUGUGACAACGAACAUAUGGAAUGGUACCUUUGCAUUGGCUGAUUUCCUGUACACCGUGCUCUCUGUAAGAGCUGAUAUAGACACGUCUCAACCGGAGCUGCUGCUCAUCGAACAGAAAUCCCUGCAGGUUGAAGUCAAAGUGAGCAAACCUGGAGCUAAAGGAGACGUUCCAGUGGGUGCCAUUAUAGGAAGUGUUAUCGGCGGUCUGUUGUUAUUGGCUCUUGCAGUUGCAUUGCUUUGGAAGCUUGGGUUCUUCAAGAGGAAGUAUCAGCCGAUGAUGAAUGCGGCUGAGAAUGACGCGGAAAACCAGGAACUGGAGGAAAAGAGCGAGACACCCUAAGAAAUCUGCCAAAACUCAUUCGGCGUUAUCACUGCUCCCUUCCCUGACAGUAAUAGCCAGAAAAGUCUAGAGAGAGCAAACUGGGUUUUUAAAAACUGCCAAUUUGAUUUCAGCGCUGCAAGUCACAUUUUGGCAUUCAAAUCCCAUUCAUCUUUCUUACAUCUUUUUCUCCUGCUUGACUUGAACUCUGGUGUUUUUGUUUUAGCAUUCUUACCACUUCCAUUCAUUUCCUGAAUAGUUAAGUAUUCAGCUAACCCAAAGUAUACUUCACUUUGCAUGAAGCUUGUCAAAGUAUCCUCCGUUUGAUAGGCACUGGACACAUGCGCAGUAGAAAGAGUCACCCUUGUCCAGUGUCUGCGCUACUUCUCUUCAGAAGUUAUGAGUGUCUUUGUACUCAUUUAAACUCAAGUUGCGGGUCUCCAUCCACUACUGAAGCAGUUUAUUGUCCUUUUUUGGUCUUCUCUGUUCCUCUUCUGACUGAGAAACAAUGGCCUGGGACUGUGUUGCCACCUUGUGCACAAACUAGUCAAAAAAAAGUGCACGUGUGAGCUGACCGUUCAUUGUACAAGGGCUGUUCGAUGGUUGUGGCUAGAAGGGAUACAGCUCCAACCAGAAACUAACAAUGAAAUUGUAUUUUCUUCCUAUUUGUGUUUUUUAUUAACGUCUACACCUACUCCAACACUAAACAUAACCCUUACAAUAAUGUCAAAAAAUAGUAAUUAUUGUUGUACAGUGUGCCAAAAAUUAUGCCCAGUAGCUGCUGCUUUAUCCCUUCUAGCCUUAACCCUGUUCAGUUGCGUCUAUUCAGAAUUAAUUAUAUUUAAUUAUAAUUAAUUAUACUAGGCCUAAUGUGAAAAUUGGUGGCAUGUAAGUAAAUGGACCUUUGAGUCAUUGACUCACUUAAUUGAACAAAUUUGAUAAUUUUUUUAUAUACUGGAGUACUUAAAUCCCAAACUUUUCCCACAAAUUUUAAAGAAUACCAGGCAUAUGUUCCAAAUUAUACAGUAUCAGUGAAAAGAAACCUUCACAAAAUUGUAGUGAGACCAUCUCUGCAAUACCAAAUUACAAACUCAAACAUUUUUUAUGACCAAAGCAGCAAUGCACUGGCAAAGCAGGCUUUUUGUAAAUUCUACUGUGCCACUGUUGUCCACACAAUGUAGAAAUGAAGCAGUGCCACUGUAUGCAACACAUCAGGGAAAUGGACUAACACUGCAUGAGAAAACAAAUGAUUGUGACUACUUGCACAAAUGAAUCAAGUUAGUAAUAAGAAACACUUUAAAAACUUAACAUUAAAGAUGUUAACUUUUAAGAUGUUAAUUAAACAUACGUGUUUUCUGCAUUGUUUCUUAUUACUAACUUGCCAUUUAUAAACAUUAAACAGAGCUUAUUUUUAUGCACAAAUGUAUAAUGACAUUUCAAACUAGUUGACUGCUUUAAUGAUCUAAGCAUUAAAUGAUGUAGUCAAAUAUUCUGAAAUGUCCAACAUAUUUGCAUGUAUAUGAAAGUUUUAGUAAAUUGCUACAUGAAUUCAGGGUUUAACUUCUACUGAUGUCGUCAUGUGACGUUUCAAGGAAAUCUUUGAGACCCGUCUAAUCAAAGACAACAUAAACAACAAAGAUUUCCCUUAAUGUUUACAUGAUGUUUUUGCACUGGUACUUUUUUAAAUACUUUUUAAUUCAAGAGAAGAGUAGAAUAUGCUCUUCUUUUUUUUCACAUUGUUGUUUCAUCAGGUGUUACAGGAAAACUUUGAGCUUUGUAUUUUUCCAAUAAAAACCUCUUGAUGCCUCGUGAGA